AUGUUUUUGAUUUUCACAACUUUAAGUCUGUUACUACCGACCGGUUCCUGUAACACUUUAGACGACUCCAAAUUACUUGGAUUAGGAUACGAUCUUCUGAGAGCAAACCCAGAAGGUGGGCGUUUCUCUACGUCUGGCCUUGACCCUGGUGUCAAACCAACUAGACAGAUACUUCAAAUUGAUGAUACAAACAGAAACUUCCUGAUUCGAGUGGACAAUGUUACCUUCUGCACCAAUCACACAACAUACGAAUAUUUCAGUGAUGCGAAAACUAAGCAAGAGUACCUUCUUCGAGAUUAUAUAACAAGCGGUGACGGUGACAUGCUGAUUCGUCCGUAUGCAUUUAUGGCUGGAUCUUGUCACAUAGCCUUAGUCAUCGCUCUCCAUAGAGCUGCCAUACCAAAUGGAAUAUCUGUUGAUCAGAUAACUAUCUGUAACCAAGGUAGGAGUCGUUAUGUCAUGCCUCCAGUGUAUCCAUCUUUACACAAACUAAAUGAUGAGUUUAUAGCAGCAGCCUGUAGCCUGCCAACGUCAUACGAUCCCACAAUCUAUAGCAACUUUAUAAAGGACUGGGGGACACACUCUAUCGUUGAAGUUGAAACAGGGACAAAGACUGUAAGUCGGUAUGAAAUACCAGCAACUAAGGUUAUAGAAGAAAUGUUCAAGAAAUACACUGAUCCACCAAUAUGGAAAGUCGUCAUGGUGAAAGGCGCUGGAAGUAUGGCUUAUGUUAACACUUCGCAUUUAGCAGACUCUAAUCUGCAACCAUUAACAACUGGUGUCACACCGAAACAGUUCAAUGUUGGUCGAAUGGGUAUACAUGAACCAUUAGAGUUUCAUUUAGUGUCGAUUGCGCGAUUUCUAGAUGGUGACUUCUGGCCAAAUGAAAACCAACAACAUUGGGAUAGUAGUUGUCAAAAUUAUAACAUGCACAGAAAUUUGUCAACGACAAAACAGAACCUGCUGAGGGCUUUGAAUGAAUAUCCUUCUUCCUAUCACCUAACAUCAAUGCCAUUGGAAACUACACACACAUUAAACGUGCCUUUAAUUUGGCCAACUGGAACAUUUUCCCUGUACCAAACAGUAUCAGGAUGUCCAAAUUCUCAUAUCAUGUUUGAAACUGGAUGGAGAUAUCACGACGACGAAGACACUACGCAAAACAAUUCGUGGUCCGUAGGUCAUCAUUUAGCUGGUGACACGCAUAAUAAGGCUAAUUCUAAAUUUUACUUCUGCACUCAAGUAUCAAGCACUCCUGGAGUUUACCACAGAAACUGGCCUGUUGGAAAUUACUGUAUUCUCAAGUAUGGUACUUGCCCAUCAGGGUUUAAUGAAGGUAGCAUUAACUGGGACGACGAAAACUCUGGAAAUACGAAAGGAGGAACUUUGCCAAGUGGAACAUACGAGGCUUCUGAUACUAUUAUUUAUUAUUGCUGCAGGAGUGAUGGUCAUAAUGCAAAUAAAAUCUUUCUACCGUUGGACAAACCAUUCUAUCUUCUGAAGUUUACAGGUGACUGCCAGCAGAUAUAUGGUAUGACAGUUCAAGAGGAAUUCUUUCAAUUUGAUGACCAAAAUAUCAAUAAUCACGGCAGUUGCCAUGGUGCCCAUCCGUACGACACUGGAUGCGACAAAGAUCAAAAUUUACAUUUCUGCUACUAUGAAACUGAUCAUCAAAACUCUGUUAUAUUUGGAAAAUAA